AUGGGCAAGAAAAACCGAACCAAAGCCAAGAUCGACAUCAAAAUGAGAAUCAAGAAGCAAGAAUCCGAGAUCAGAGACAGGAUAGACCACAUCCUGGCCCUGACCGACCAACGAUCCCCCCAGAUACAAGGGUUGUGGCUCGAGAACGAAAGCUACAGCGACAUCCCGUCCGUGGUGGAGUGUCUGGAAGACGCCCGGCUCGAGCGAUCGCCCGAGAGCUAUGCGGAGCUCGUCGAUCUCGUGGCAAGAAGCAUGCCCUCGAAGCGGGAGGGCAAAGACCUGCAUCACGAGCAUGUCCUCAGCAAGUUCUUGGACUAUCUCGAGACCGUGCGCCCCGACUUCGAUGCCUUCCGCGCCACGGCGGCCUAUCAAGCGGAGUGGAAGACUCUCCUGGAAGCCCGCCGGAAUAUGGAACAGCAGGAGGAGAUCGUGCAAGAGGCCGAGGAGCUGCUCGGCGACUGGGGCGAGCGGGGCCGGCACCUCCUGCACAUGUAUGCCUAUUUCACCCGGUGUUGGAUCAACGGCCUCAAGAAGGUCUUUGAGCAUGGAUAUUCGUACGAGGAGUGCGUCAUUCGCCUGAAUCGCGCCGUGCUCUCUCGUCAAAUGAAGCUAGGGAGGCGUCGCCCUCGGAAAGUCAUGCCGGGUGAUGCCUGGACCGCGAGUGAAUGCGGCAAAAACCCGGCGCCGGUCACGACGCGGGAUCUCGACGACUUCGGCCUGAUCAUCAAUGAUCUGGGGCUAGUCGAGUCGAGACGCCAGUAUGAGAGGGCCCAGCUUGCUGCUGCUCAACAUGGCGAGCCCCAGUCUGCGAACCAGGUCUCUCGCCCGGCUGACGUCGAUGACGAUGAUGAUAAUGGGCAUGGUUAUCGCUCGCGCAAGCGCCGUCGACUGUGA